AUGAUGUUCACGUGCGGGCGGUGCGACGCGCGCGCUGCGAGAGGAUUCAGUCGCCAAGCGUACGAAAACGGCGUCGUCAUCGUGACUUGCCCGGGAUGUCAAGCGAAACACGUCGUCGCCGAUCGAAUGGGAUGGUUCGGCGAGCCGGGGAGCGUGGAGGAUUUCAUCGCGCAAAAGGCGGACGCGGAGGAUGGCGAAGGCGGCGUCGCGCGCGGAUCGAUGAAACUCGUCGAAGGCGAAGAUGGGACGUUAGAGAUAGAUAAGAGUGAGCUCGAAGAGUGGUUGAAGAAGUUCACCGCGAGUAAAGGCGCGUAG